AAAUAAGCAAAUAAAUAGAAAAGAAAGAAAAAACAGAAAAAUCAAGCAGUGGGAGGUCCUGUUAUGCAACCAUAGAGUGAUGGACCACUUCUGGAGAGACGUUAAAUGCUUUCUUAAGCAAAUAUGAUUAACAAAUUACAGUUGAUAAGUCGCUCCCCGUGCCUUUGCUUCGAUUGAUCAGGCCUCAGAUCCUCAACCAUUUUCGAAGACAACAGCAGAGUCAGGAUCAACCGAAUUUCAUGUCGAUGUCAUGGUUCAGCCAGAAAUCCAAUGGAUAGCAAUACUGGAGCACAAAUUCCGUCCCUUAUGUGCAGCCUUUGCACGCCGGAUAAGAAACUCGAAGGGUCUGUUUACUUGACAAAGAACUCAGGAAGACAUCACAGCUCCAUCUUUGAUUAUUUUAAUGAUCUCUGUCAUUAAGGAACAGCAUUAAAAAACAAAAGGGAAGGUCCAAUUCUUGAUUCAGAUCGUCUUCCUCCUCUUCUGCAACUUUUCCUUUUCCUAUAAACAAAUCAUGGGGUUCCCCCCUCAACAAUCCCAAAACAGAUCAUUCUGCAGCAUUGCACUCCCCUCCAUCUGCUGCAGCAAUGCCUGCAAUUCCAAGGAAUAACAGUCACAAUCUCCUCCUCAUAAUCAUCUCUCUUCUCCUCCUUUCCACUUCCGCACACUGUAUAGACUUGCAGGGCCAAGCUCUCCUCUCAUGGAAGAACAGCCUGGACAGCUCGGCCGAAGUGUUGAGUUCAUGGAAGCCUUCGGAUUCCUCCCCCUGUCAGUGGUUCGGGAUCCGCUGCGGCUCCAAUGGGGAAGUGGUAGAAGUGAGCAUAAAGGAAGUGGACCUGAAAGGAUCGCUGCUGUCGAACUUAUACUUCCAGCAGCUCAAGUCCCUCAAGAGCCUGGUCCUUUCCUCAACCAACCUCACUGGGACGGUCCCGAGGGAGCUGGGGGACUAUGCUGAGCUACGUCUUAUCGACUUAAGCGAUAAUGCUCUCUCAGGAGAGAUUCCACCGGAAAUAUGUGGGCUUAGGAAUCUCCGGAGUCUUUCCCUCAACUCGAAUUCUCUCGAGGGUGGGAUUCCUUCUUGUAUUGGUAACCUCUCGAGCCUCGAGUACUUGACUCUCUAUGAUAAUCAACUGAAGGGAGAGAUACCGAGGAGCAUUGGCGAGCUGAGAAACUUGCAAGUCUUCCGGGUAGGAGGGAACCAAAAUAUUAGGGGCGAGCUACCGGACGAGAUAGGGAACUGCUCGAACUUGAUCUUGCUUGGACUCGCGGAGACGAGCAUUUCAGGAGUCCUUCCUUCUUCUAUUGGACAGUUGAAGAGGAUCCAGACGAUUGCUAUAUAUACUUCUCUCCUUUCGGGUCCAAUUCCUGAGGAGAUUGGGAACUGCAGCGAGCUGCAGAACCUGUACCUCUUCCAGGCUUCCCUCACAGGACCGAUCCCAAAAGGAAUUGGUAGGCUCAAGAAGCUGCAGAGCUUGCUUCUGUGGCAGAACAGCUUAGUCGGGUCGAUCGCCGAUGACUUGGGCAGCUGCACCGAGCUCACAGCCGUGGACUUAUCAGAGAAUCUUUUGACAGGCUCGAUUCCAAGAAGUUUCAGGAAUCUCCUGAAACUUCAGGAGCUCCAGCUGAGUAUUAAUCAAUUAUCAGGUACGAUCCCUCCGGAGAUCUCAGACUGCAAGGCCCUGACUCUUCUUGAAGUUGACAAUAACGACAUCUCUGGGGAAAUCCCAGAGACUAUUGGAGAUUUGAGGAACUUGACGCUUUUCUUCGCUUGGAGAAACAGGCUAACGGGCAAAAUUCCAGAGAGCCUGUCCAACUGUGAGGAACUCCAGGCUCUUGAUCUUUCCUACAACGAUCUGACUGGUCCAAUCCCGAAACAGAUUUUCAGGCUGAGAAAUCUAACGAAGCUUCUAUUGCUUUCCAACAAUUUAUCGGGUUUUGUUCCGCCCGAUAUAGGCAAUUGCGCGGCUUUGUAUCGGUUGAGGUUGAAUGGGAACAACCUUGGAGGCACCAUUCCAUCACAGAUCGGAAACUUGGUGAACCUGAAUUUCCUUGAUCUGAGCAAGAACCAGUUCGUGGGAGGAAUUCCUUCAUCGAUAUCGGGAUGCAGAAAUCUCGAAUUCAUUGAUCUCCACUCGAAUGGGCUAACAGGUCAAGUCCCUGACAAGCUGCCUCAGAGCCUACAGGUGGUGGAUUUCUCAGGAAAUAGUCUUAGUGGUCCAUUGAGUGGGGAUAUUGGGUCGUUGAUGGAAUUGACCAAGCUCAACCUUGGAAAGAAUCAGCUUUCUGGUCAGAUUCCAGGCGACAUUGCCUACUGCAGUAGGCUCCAAUUGCUCGACCUUGGCAAUAAUGCAUUCUCCGGUGAGAUUCCAGAGGAAUUAGGCACUAUUCCAUCAUUGGGGAUUUCGCUCAACCUGAGCUUCAAUCGAUUAUCAGGCCAAAUCCCGAAACAGUUUUCCAGGCUCACCAAGCUGGCAGUCCUGGACCUCUCUUACAAUGAGCUCUCGGGGAAUCUCAGUUCUCUUGCGAGCCUCCAGAACCUCGUCUCCUUGAACAUCUCUUUCAACAAAUUAUCUGGUGAGCUCCCGGACACUCCAUUCUUUAGGAAUCUCCCACUCGAAAACUUUGCUUCGAAUGAAGGCCUGUACUUCCCUGAUGGGACUGUGGGCGCUCUUCAAAGGCCAGGGUCGAAUGCCUCGGUGAAAUCAGCCGGAAAAAUGUUGAUGCUGGUCCUUGCCACUUCCGCCGCCGUACUUUUUGUACUCGCGAUCUAUAUCCUACUUCGAGCCCGAGCCAAGGGAUUCGCUUCGGGAGGUUAUGAACCAUGGGACAUGACCCUUUAUCAGAAAAUGGACUUCUCCAUUGAUGACAUCCUCAAGAAUCUCACAUCAUCCAACGUGAUCGGCACCGGGAGCUCAGGAGUUGUAUACAGGGUUGUCCUUUCUAACGGAGAGUCCCUGGCUGUGAAGAAGAUGUGGUCAGUGGAAGAGUCGGGUGCAUUCGGUUCAGAAAUACGGUCCCUAGGCUCAAUCCGGCACAAGAACAUUGUCCGGCUCUUGGGAUGGGGAUCCAACCGGGGCAUGAACCUCUUGUUCUACGACUACCUUCCAAAUGGAAGUCUAAGCUCCCUUGUUCAUGGAGCUGGCAAGGGAGGAGCAGAGUGGGAGAUGAGGUACGAUGUUGUCCUAGGAGUCGCGCACGCACUUGCCUACUUGCACCACGACUGCGUCCCGGCAAUCCUGCAUGGAGAUGUUAAGGCCAUGAAUGUCUUAUUAGGUCCCAGGUUCGAACCUUACCUAGCUGACUUUGGACUGGCUCGGACUUUUUGCCUUGGUGACGGUGAAAAUCUCUCGAAACCGAGCCAACGGCCCCGCCUUGCCGGUUCUUAUGGCUACAUGGCUCCAGAACACGCAUCGAUGCGACCUAUCACAGAGAAGAGUGAUGUGUACAGCUUCGGCGUGGUCCUUAUGGAGGUGUUAACGGGAAGACACCCUCUAGACCCAACCUUGCCUGGGGGUGCAUCCCUGGUCCAGUGGGUCCGUGACCACCUAUCGAGCCAGCGGGACCCAAUCGACGUCCUUGACCCUAAGCUUAGGGGAAGGGCCGACCCUACAAUGCACGAGAUGCUGCAGGCACUGGCUAUCUCGCUGCUCUGUGUGAGCAGCAGAGCAGCAGACCGUCCAAUGAUGAAGGACAUUGUCGCCAUGCUGAAGGAAAUCAGACAUGUCGAGACUGAAAGGACUGAUUGGGGGACACUGAAAAAGGGUCUACCAGGUCACGGUUCAUCCAUGCCUCCACCAAUGAGGAGCGCGGUCUCUCAAGGCUCGUCAAACUGCUCAUUUGUCUUCUCCGACUGUUCCGUUUGAUGAAAAAGAGCAGGUAGCAGGUUUCUAGGAAAGACUAGUCGUCGACAUGUAUGUGGAUAAUCGAUAUAGAAGGAUCCGUUUGGUCGAUCAGGGCAGGGAAGAAGAUUUAGCUGCAUGUUCGGUUGCUAUUUAAUCAACUGCAGCAAACACAAGUUCAGUUACUGUAAAUUUCUGCAUUAUAAUGGCUGAUAUUCGAUGAUAAUCUUUAUUUAUCCGAAAUUUAACAAGAUUCAACUAGAAAA